CGACAACAAACGGCCGACACAAGGUAGCCUAUCUGGGGAAUCGGCUGCUCUCGACAUAACACCCCCUCCAUUUGCUUCACUUUCUUUCUGGCUGGGGGCCUUAAUAUUCCAGCAUUUCCCCGACCUUCCUGUCACUCCUUAUCCUCCCUUAUCUUAUUUUUCCCCGUUAGUCUGCGCGUGCAAGACGCCUCCCUUUCACAAUGGAUGAUUCUAUGAUGGAUUCUGUUUUCGAGGACGAAGGAAGCUCUGACUUCGUCCCUGAGCCCGCGCCGAAGCCUAAGGCGAAGGCAGCCCCCAAGAAGACUGCUACCAAGGCAGCACCGAAGAAGCUCACCCAGACCACCCUCACCGCGAAGCCUGCGGCAAAGGCGAAGGCAGCUUCUAAGAAGCGUGCCAAACCGGACAGCGACGACGACGACAACAUGGACAAUGAUGAUGACGACCACAUGUCGGACGACUCCGUGCUAUCUCACACUCCUCCCAAGAAGGCGAAGAAGUCGGCUGGCCCUACCAAGAAAAGUGGCUCCAAGCCACUCGCCGAUCUGGAAAAUGAAGCAUUUGAAAAUGAUGAUUCCGCCGAACCCUCAAAGAACACCGACGUAUCAGAGAAGUACCAGAAGCUUACACAACUCGAACACAUUAUCAAACGUCCGGAUACAUAUAUCGGUUCUACCGAACGUACGUCACAGCAUAUGUGGGUAUACAGUUCGGAAACAGAGGGGAUGGAGUAUCGUGAGGUCUCCUACGUGCCGGGUCUCUACAAAAUUUUUGACGAAAUUGUUGUCAAUGCGGCCGAUAAUAAACAGAACGAUGCGAAUAUGAGCGAAAUCCGCGUGACGGUUGACCGCGAGUCGGGUGUGAUCAGUGUCUGGAACAACGGCCGUGGUAUUCCGAUUGAGAUGCACUCGAAGGAAAAAAUCUACGUCCCGGAGCUGAUCUUCGGUCAUCUUCUGACCUCAUCUAAUUACGACGACACUCAGCAGAAGGUCACGGGUGGCCGUAACGGUUUCGGUGCCAAGCUCUGUAACGUGUUCUCGACCGAGUUCUCCAUCGAGACCCAGGACUCCCGUCAGAAAAAGAAGUACAGACAAACAUGGACCGACAACAUGACAAAGAUGGGCAAGGCCAAGAUCACCGAGGCCAAGGGGGAGGACUACACCAAGGUCACAUUCCAUCCGGACUACGCCAAGUUCGGCAUGACAGGCAUGGAUGAUGACUUCGAGGCCCUCGUCAAGCGUCGUAUUUACGACUUGGCGGGUACCUCGAAGGUGAAUGUGAAGUUGAAUGGCACUCGCGUCCCAAUUCGCGGCUUCAAGAAGUAUAUGGAGAUGUACACCAAGGCCAUCCGCAGGGAACGUGGAGAUGAUGGCCCGGCGCCAAAGGAUGAGAUCAUCACCUGCUCUCCAGACCCUCACUGGGAGGUUGGUUUCGCUGUGUCCGAUGGCGCUUUCCAGCAGGUAUCCUUCGUGAACUCCAUCGCGACUACCUCUGGAGGUACCCACGUGAACUAUAUUGCCGACCAGAUCUGCAGCAAACUGGCUGAUCAAGUGAAGAAGAAGAACAAGAAUGGUGCCACGUUGAAGACAGCUCAGAUCCGGAACCACAUCUUCAUUUUCGUCAACGCGCUGAUUGUCAACCCGGCGUUCACCUCCCAGACUAAGGAACAAUUGACCACCAAGGCAUCUCAAUUCGGUAGCAAAUGUGUGCUGGAUGAUGAUUUUUUCAAGAAGGUGCUGAAGACCGAGGUCAUGUCAAAUAUCCUGCAUUUCGCCCAGCAGAAGGCCGACCAGAUGCUCAAGAAGACGGAUGGUGGCCGUCGCGCUCGCAUGAACAACCCCAAAUUGACGGAUGCCAACAAGGCAGGCACCAAGGAUGGCCACCACUGCACGUUGAUUCUAACGGAAGGUGACUCGGCCAAGGGUCUGGCCAUGGCUGGACGAGCGGUGGUCGGCCCGGAUCUUUUCGGUGUCUUUCCACUUCGAGGAAAACUGCUCAACGUCCGUGACGCCUCGUUUGACCAGAUCUCGAAGAACCAGGAAAUCCAGAAUAUCAAGAACUUCCUGGGCCUGCAGCACAAGAAAGAGUACACCGAGACCCGCGGUCUUCGGUACGGCCAUUUGAUGAUCAUGACUGAUCAGGAUCACGACGGUAGUCAUAUUAAGGGUUUGCUUAUCAACUUCCUCCAGGCUCAGUUUCCCAGUCUGCUUAAGAUCCCCGAGUUCUUGAUUGAAUUCAUCACCCCCAUCGUGAAGGUAUGGAAGGGUGACCCGAAGAACCCUACCAAGCAGCGCUCUUUCUUCACUAUGCCGGAGUAUGAGGCGUGGAGGGAGGAGCAUCAGCAUGAGCGUGGUUGGGAUCACAAGUACUACAAGGGUCUGGGUACCAGUACGACUGAAGAUGCACAGGUCUAUUUCCGCGACUUGGACCGGCAUCUCAAGGAGUUCCACACCAUGCAGGAUAACGAGGCGGAGUUGAUCGAACUGGCUUUCUCGAAAAAGAAGGCCGAUGAGCGUAAGGAAUGGCUGCGGCAGUUCAAGCCCGGAACCUUCUUGGACCAUUCCGUUUCGAAAAUCACCUACACCGACUUCAUCAACAAGGAGCUCAUCUUGUUCAGUAUGGCCGACAAUAUCCGUUCGAUCCCCUCUGUUGUGGACGGCCUGAAGCCUGGUCAGCGUAAGGUCCUGUACACCUGCUUCCGUCGCAACCUGAAGAAGGAUAUGAAGGUCGUUGAGUUGGCUGGUCACGUCUCAGGUAUGACUGCGUACCAGCACGGUGACACUUCCUUGCAACAGACCAUUGUGGGCCUCGCACAAACCUUUGUCGGGUCUAACAACGUCAACUGCCUGGAGCCCAGUGGUAACUUUGGUAGUCGUCUUCAAGGUGGUUCCGACUGUGCUAGUGCGCGUUAUAUUUACACGCGACUGUCCCCGUUUGCUCGGCGCAUCUUCCAGGCAUCCGAUGAGCCUCUUUUGACCUACAACACAGACGAUGGCAAGACGAUCGAGCCCGAGGUUUACAUGCCCGUGGUUCCCAUGAUUCUGAUCAAUGGUGCGGACGGUAUCGGUACCGGAUGGAGUUCCUCCAUCCCCAAUUACAACCCAGAGGAUGUUGUGGAUAAUUUGAAGCGACUGAUGGAUGGCGAAGAGAUCAAGCCUAUGCAGCCCUGGUUCCGCGGGUUCACGGGUGAGGUCACUGCCAUUGGCGGCGAUCGCUUCAAAUUCAGCGGUAUCAUCAAGGAAACCGGCGAGAAGGAGGUGGAGAUCACUGAACUGCCCAUCCGGACCUGGACUCAGGAUUUCAAGGAUAAGCUUGAGGAUAUCAUCAAGGCGGAGAAGACACCUUCGUUUAUCAAGGACUACCGGGAUUACAACACGCACACCAAAGUCCACUUUGUGAUCCAAAUGGACGAAAAGCACAUGAAGGCCGCCGUCGACGAAGGCUUGGAGGAUAAAUUCAAGCUGACGAAGACUAUCGCCACCACAAACCUGGUCGCUUUUGACCCAGAGGGGCGGAUCACCAAGUAUGCGACCGUCGACGAUAUCCUCAAGGAAUUCUUCACCGUUCGUCUGAAGUUCUAUGAACGCCGCAAGCAAUACCAACUUAACGAACUGCAGAAGGAGCUGGAGAAGCUUAGCAACCAGGCGCGAUUUGUUCAGAUGAUCAUUGAUGGCGACCUGGUCGUGUCGAAGAAGAAGAAGAGCGCUCUGGUCGUUGAGUUGAAGGACAAGGGCUUCAGACCAUUCCCCAAGGUGGCGGAUGCUGCCAAGGCGGGUGAAGUUGAGCCGGCUGCCGAGGACGAGGAGUCAGAAGAGGCAGACGACACCGACAACCUUUCCAACGCCUACGACUACCUGCUGGGUAUGGCUAUCUGGUCGUUGACCCAGGAGCGCGUGGAGCGCCUCCGCCGCCAGAUCGGCGACAAGGAGAUGGAGAUUGACUCCUUGAUCAAGCUCUCGAAGGAGGACAUCUGGAAGCGGGAUCUGGAAGACUUCAUCAACGAAUGGCGCUUCCAGCUCGACGAUGAAGCCCGUCGCCUGCGUAAGGUCGCGAACAUGGGCCGUCGGACUUCCGCCAAGUUGAUGACGACAGCGGGCCGCGGCGGUGCUCGCAAGCGCAAGGCUGCGAAGGAUGAUGACUCGGAUGAUGAAGACUUUGGGGCCCCCAAGACCAAACGAGGCCCGAAGAAGGCCGAGCCGAAGGGCACUCUCAGUAACUUCUUGAAGAAACCAUCUCCCAAGCCUGCUGCGGAUGAUGAGGAUGACGAUGACUUUGAUUUUGACAUGGAGGUGAUGCCGAAGAAGGACCGUGGCGCGACCAAGGCGGCACCCAGGCCGAAGGAAGAAGAAACGGUCGACUCGGACGAGGAAAUUGUGCCGAAGAAGAGUCGGGCCGCGCCGAAGGCUGCACUCAAAGCAAAGGAAGAAGAGUCUGGUGAGUCGGAUGUGGAAAUCGUGCCGAAGAAGAGUCGGGCCGCGCCGAAGAAAGCCAAGGCCGAGGAUACCGAUAGUUCGGAGGUAAAGAAGGCGCCCAAACGGGGCCGACCAGCCGCCAAAGCGAAGGCCAAACCAGCGGAGGAAGAAGAUGAUUUGGACGACGACGAGUUCAUGGAGAUCACCAAGGCUCAGGCCGCAGAGACUGCCAGGCUCGAGCCGGAGCCCAGCCGAGCGCGCAAGCCGGUCAAGUACACGCUGAGCGACUCGGAUAGCGACAACGGCGACGACCUACUGGGCGACGUCAGCAAGAUGGUCAAGGGCAUCGGCGGCACCGCAGGCGGAUCGUCGGACUCCCGACAGCUAUUCUCGGAGCGAUCUGGGCCCGGCGGCAGUUCCGGUCUGGCGGCCAGCUCUAAAACCUCGAAGGUGUCUCCGGAUUUCGACGAGGAUGAGACGGACUACAGCAAGCUGGUGCCACUGAGCUCCCCGCGCCGGUCCCUGCAUGUGAAGCCGAAGGAGACGAAGACGUUGGUUGACAGCGAGGACGAUGAGCCUGUGAAGCCGGCCGCCACCAAGGCCAAGCCGGCCGCCCGGGGUAAGGCUGCGGCAGCUAAACCGGCGGCCAAGCCGCGUGGCCGGCCCAAGAAGGAUGCCACCACGGCCGUUUCCGCCAAGCAGACGACGCUGUCGCCGGCAGCCAAGGCGUACGCUUCCAAGCAGGCCAAGACGACCAGCAAGAAGAAGCAGUUGGCGGACGAUCUGUCAGACGACGACAUUGAUGCGAUGGCCAACGACAUUCUGGACUCUCCGGCGGCACCGAGUCGGCCGUCGCGACGCACGGCGACCACCAAGAAGAAGACCUAUGUGAUUGAUGAUGACAGUGAGGACGACGGCGGUGCGGGAGGCGAUUCGGGGGAUGAUUUUGACGAGGACAGCGAGUAGGAGGGAUGAGCGUGGAGGUAAUAGUUGUUUCGUAUUUGUGUAGUUAGUGCCCUGGAUGCAAUACACUGGAUUAUCUUUUG